CUAAGCGCUAAACUAGACCAAAAUCCACUGUAGGUCUCAGCUGCAGCGUCCCUCUGGCUUUCCGUAUCCGGCACGCGAGCAGCAUAUCGCACCCCACCCAAGAUGCUGGCGCCGCCUCUGGUUGGAUGCCGCCAGCCUUAGUGACACUCUCAACAAAGCAAUUCACUCAUCCCGACCACGUCGUCUUCCCCCUUUGCUCUCUCGUCAUCCUUUGGAUCUCUCCCCUCUUCUCUAUCUUCCCCAUUCCUUUAUUUUCUUCCACGAUCGCUGCAUAGCCUUUUUACAGCAACAAAUACAUCUCCUAACCGUGGUCGUCCUGACCAACCGAUGCACACUUGCCCCCGGUAGUUGACCGCCCGAUUGUCACCCAUCUGCCGCCCUGUCACAUCGCCACGACAUCACCCAUCUAAAACAAUAUUAUUAUCACCAACAUGGCUUUUCAACAGUCUACCAGGCAGCCAGUGCAACGAGUUGCCCGCCCCAUAACCCCCGAGGCCGGAACGCGGACAAGACGCUCGUCAAACUCGCAGCUCGAAGAGUCCCAGACAUGGGUCCUCUUCUCCCCGCCGACCGAAGCGACAACUGCAUCGUAUCUUAGUGGAACCGAACAUUCUAUAGAAACUCCUGGGCGCUCACGCCUGAGCGACUUGGGAAGUCUCGAUACAGUCGCACGCUCAACGCAUCUCGGAGACAUACCUUCCUCAAUAGUAGAGGACCCCUCAGCCGAAGACGACGCUGAACUGGACAGCCUGGAUAGCCAUCUACCAGAAUUUCGAUCGCUACCAGACGGUAUUGAACCAAAUUUCGCUGCUGGACACCAAUCACAGCCUCUAUUUCCAGCUCACGAUGGCUUGGGAUCUUUCCGCCUAGACCGCCCGGUUAUUGGACAAGAGGCACAAGACCGAUUAUACCAGUUUGAAAGAUUCAACCCUAGAAAGACACAUAGGAGAUUGGACAGCGCCGAACAAAUUACUUUGGAGCGGGACUAUUCACACAAUCAAGAGGAAGAGAAGCGCUCACGGAUCGAAGCUUGGAGGCUGGAACACAGCCGUGUCUUGCUGGACGAGGUGAAGCGAGAGACACGCCGCCGCCGUGCAUCGUUGGCUUCGGCCCAAAAGCAUCAACUAGAAGAGACUGAUGCGCUGGCAUGGCAUGAUGAAGAUGCUGUUGACAAUGAUGUGGAGGAUCGUGGAUUAAUUGCACGACUAACUCGCACUGUUGUUAAGAAUGUCCUUGGCAUCGACGAUAAGCUUCUUGACAUCCUUCUCGGUGAUGUAAGUGUCGCUGACGAUAGCGAAUUGUCAGCCACUCCUCAGGUGUCGCAGUUGAAUGAGAAUUUGCCUACCGAUCUUGAGGAACAGUCAUGGCAGCUUCGUUUACUAGAGACAGUAUCCCGAGAACUAGGCAAGCUUGUCAUGCCUAUCCCAUAUGCUGGCCUCCCGGUUAUCCCGGAAGCUGCGGAUGUUGCUGCCCAGGAACCUUCCAGCCGUGCAUCGCAGCCAGAGUUUCACCCAACAGCUGGCCAAACAUCUCGACCGGUUGACGUUGGUGGCAGAGGUGCGCAAGAGCAAGCCGAAGAGCCGGCGGCAUUCACGAAGGAGGAAUGGGAACAAGAUCUUGACAUCAAACUGGUAUUCCGAUACUUGGUUUCCCGGUUCAAGUCCCGCUCAACCGCCCCAUCUGUAAACACGGCGUACACUAGCAACACCGCCCCUCAAGACGUGGCAGCUAGAAUCGCCCGCGUUCGCCAAUACCACCCGCUGAUAUCGCGCGCAAGACCUCUGGAGCGACGAACAUUCCGACCAUCCACUCCGAACAGCCCUGUGGCGAUGCGCCAUCAAAGCAGCUGUGCCAGCCAAAGUACAAGACGAUCCGCUCGUCGCAGCAGCGUCUCAUCCCGCCAUUACUGGGAUAUCGGCGGCUCGCUAGGAACUGGAUCUGUGAUUGCACAACCUGGGCCCAUGGGUAGCUGGGGAGAGGUGUAAGAACUGAAUUGUGUUGCGGCCAACACGCUGCAGCUCUGUACUAUAUUAUUCCAUCAUUUGAGGUUGGCGGCUGUAAAUGAAUCUUGGAGGAUUACACGAUAUAAAUGACUCAUUUUGCAUAGACAACUACAUGUACUUUUUGUGUCCAGG